GGGGGUGUGUUGAACUGAAUGAAGCAAUGGGAACCAGCCUGUCAGCCAGCCUUUCAGGCUAAUUAGCUCAGCAUACAACAAAGAUAAGUUAGCCUGAGAGGAGGGCCCUGAGGGUCUUUAGAUUCUGGGAAAUGUCUGAUUGGCAGAUGUUAAAAGGGAUUCUUUGGUAAUCCAGUGCAUCAAUGAGCUGCACAAAUUCAGUCCAGAGCUGCAAGAAUUCAGGCAUGAGGACACAGUGCAGGAGGCUUGCACAGGCAGACCGGAGAUGGACAGAACCUUGGAAUCUCUGAGGCACAUCAUUGCCCAAGCCUUGCCUCACAGAGACCCGGCUUUGGUCUUCAAAGACUUGAAUGUUGUGUCAAUGUUGCAAGAAUUUUGGGAAAGCAAGCAGCAGCAGAGAGCCACGUGUUCCAGUGAAGGCCUGGUGGUCUAUGAGUCAAUGCCCUCCUCCGGGCCUCCCUUUGUGAGCUACGUGACUCUCCCUGGAGGGAGCUGCUUUGGCAACUUUCAGUGCUGCUUAAGCAGAGCUGAGGCCAGGCGGGAUGCCGCUAAGGUGGCACUCAUCAACUCUCUCUUCAACGAGUUGCCCUCCCGAAGGAUCACCAAGGAGUUCAUCAUGAAGAGUGUUCAGGAAGCAGUAGCCUCCACCAGAGGCACUUUAGAUGACGCGGAUGACCCCAGCACAAGCGUGGGAGCCUAUCACUACAUGCUGGAAUCAAACCUGGGGAAGACGAUGCUGGAAUUCCAGGAACUGAUGACCAUCUUCCAACUACUACACUGGAAUGGAAGCCUGAAAGCCCUCCGUGAGACAAAGUGCUCUCGACAGGAAGUCAUCUCCUAUUAUUCCCAAUAUUCUUUAGAUGAAAAGAUGCGCAGCCACAUGGCCCUGGACUGGAUCAUGAAGGAGCGUGAAUCACCAGGAAUUCUCUCUCAAGAGCUACGUGAAGCCCUGGGGCAGCUGGAGGAAGCCAGGAAGGCAGGACAAGAACUACGAUUUUACAAAGAAAAAAAAGAAAUCUUGAGCUUGGCUCUGACUCAAAUCUAUGACCCUGACCCUUCCUCACCCAGUGAUGACCAGCUGAGCCUCACAGCUCUGUGUGGCUAUCAUUAGCAAGGGCAGGUCUCAGGUUUCCUGAGGACUUUCAUAUCAGGAAUCUCCUUGACAGAGGUUGUCAGAGACAUUAGCAUGAUAGUCACUACCUGAAGGCUGUACUUCUUCCUACAUUUUCUGUUCACAGAACAAGAGGGUAGGAUUGACUGGAGCAGACUCCAGCUUCCUACUUCAUAUAUGUCUUUAGUGGUUCUCCUUCAGAAUGAAAGAAUGACAUCAAAACUGCUUAUUAUGCAGGAUUUAUCCAAUCUAAAGCCUAGUUGACUUGUGCCUUGCUAAAUUUUAUUGUUCCAGACAAUGAGCCAGUACAGCAGCCUCCAGGAAAACAACAGCCAGGACUAAGGAAAGCAGCAUGCUAACACCUUUUUUCUCCUUCUUCUGUUUUUUAAUGACAAGGUUUCUCUGUGUAGUCCUGGCUGUCCCGGAACUUGCUCUGUAGACGAGGCUGGCCUUGAAUUUAGAGAUCUGCCUAUCUUUGCUUUCUGAGUGCUGGGAUUAAAGACAUGUGCCAUUACUACCUGGCUGAUAACAAUUUUUUAAAUGCUUAAGAUUAAAUAAAUACUCCAGAUUAUUUUUUAAAAAAUAUACAACAAGCAGCAAGUUCUUGACCCCUCCUGAAAAUUAACUGUAUUCUCAUCAUAUAUUUUGAAAUUAGCUUUUUAACAAAAAUUAUCACAUAUCAUAUUUCUCAGACAAAGAGGAAAUUAAGCCACAAAACUGCCCUAUUCCAAUAUCCUAAAAGGUAAUUGUGUGUGUUAGAUGGAUCUCAUGUUAAAAUGUUAUUUUAACAAAAAUCACAUUAUUUGCCGUGGUGAGGCUAAAUGUCAUCUAGAAGAAAACUUUAGAUGUUUGUAAUCCUGAAAAGGAAUUAGGAUUUUUUUGUAUGUUGAAUAAAUUUUUAAG